AUUUAUUUUAUUUAUUAUGAAAUAGUUGACAGGAUUUUGGCCUUAAAUCGCUGAUGAAUUGCUUAUAUUUUGGAUCCUCUGUAUUGGGAUUUCUGGGUUUUCUAGUUCCUUGUCCCUUAAUUUGUGAAUAGCUACUGUUUCAUUGGUACUGAUUUGAGCUUCUCUACUUGAGGGCAUCUUUUUUCGUGGGGGAGAUUUGAACUGUUUUUAAUAGUUGAAUUGUUCCCAUGUUGUGAUUAACAUAAUGGGUUUCUCUGAUUUUACUGUUUAAUGUUGUUUAAAACCAUUCACUUUGCUUGUUGGGUGUUGCUGGAGCCAAAAAUCUCUCCAUCUUCUAGACACGAGCUUGCCAGUGAUUUUCUUUUUCUCUAUAUCUUGCGCUAUUCAGGCGGUUAAAACUGUAAUCUUUUGUUGUCGUUGUUGUUGGGUUGGUUAUGGGGUGAAGUUGAAGCAAAGCUGAUAAAAUGAAAAGACAAGUCAUCUUUUUGUUUUAUGUUUGAGUUUGUUGAGGAUAAGCAUUUCGGUUUAUUAAGGGGAAUGAUUGCUGCAACCACAAUAUGCAAUAGAAAUUUGUUUCUGGAUAAAUAUUCUUUGAUGAGAUAAAGCUGCACUUCAAGAUUUUGUGAUGGAAAAGAGGAAAUGGCUGUGGAAGAGGAAGUCUUCCGAGAGGAGCCUUGGUGAAACUGAGAGUUCGGGAUCAAUAUCUUCACAUUCUGAGAGAUUCUCUGAUGAGCAACAGGACACCUUGAAGGCAUCUCCAAAUGAGGAUAAUCAAUCUCCUGAAGUCACAUCAAAAGGUUCGGUCAGGAAUGAAGAUGUCAAUGAUAGUGUUAAGAUUUUGGCAGAGAGGUUAUCUGCUGCUCUUGUGAAUGUUAGUGCCAAAGACGACUUGGUAAAGCAGCAUUCCAAAGUUGCUGAAGAAGCCAUUGCAGGCUGGGAAAAGGCUGAAAAUGAAGUAGCUGCUCUAAAGAAACAACUUGAAGCUGCCAUUCAGCAGAACUCUUCAUUGGAAGAUAGGGUGAGCCAUCUUGAUGGGGCCCUCAAGGAAUGUGUUAGGCAGCUAAGACAGGCAAGAGAGGAGCAGGAAGAAAAGGCCUAUGAAGCUGUGGCAAGGAAAACGUGUGAGUGGGAAUCCACUAAAUCUAAACUUGAGAACCAGCUUCUUGAGCUGAAGAGAAAAGCAGAAGCUGCUGAGUCAGAAUCUCUGCUUCAAAUUGAUCCAGAACUACGCUAUAAGCUUGAAUGUUUGGAGAAAGAAAAUGCAUCCCUGAAGCUUGAGCUCCUAACUCUAUCUGAGGAGUUAGAAGUCAGAACAAUUGAAAGGGAAUUGAGUACCCAAGCAGCUGAAACAGCAAGCAAGCAACAUUUGGAGAGCAUAAAGAAAGUGGCAAAGCUUGAGGCUGAAUGUCGUAGGCUAAAAGCCAUGGGUUGCAAAUCAACACCACUUAAUGAUCAUAAAACUUCUACUGCCUCUUCAAUUUAUGUUGAAUCUCUAACUGAUAGUCAAUCAGACAGUGGGGAGAGGCUUAAUGCUGUGGAGCUGGAAACUCGCAAGAUAAGUUGCUUAGAGCCAUAUAAAGGUGAGCCAAGUUGCUCAGACUCAUGGGCAUCUGCAUUGAUUGCUGAGCUUGAUCAAUUCAAGAAUGAAAAAAAUGUUAAUCGAAGUCUUCCAUCCUCAGCAAUUGAAAUUGAUCUCAUGGAUGAUUUUCUUGAAAUGGAACGACUUGCUGCUUUGCCAGAGACUGAAAGGGGAACUCAUCAUUCUGAACCAAGAGCUAUUGCGAAACAAUCCAUUGAUACAGAAAGCUCAUUAAGAGCUGAACUUGAAACUAUGAUUCAUCGGACUGCUGAAUUGGAAGAGAAACUACAGAAGAUGGAAGUAGAAAAAGUUGAAUUGGAAGAGAAGCUACAGAAGAUGGAAGUAGAAAAAGCUGAAUUGGAGGAGAAGCUACUGAAGAUGGAAGUAGAAAAAGUUGAAUCGGAAGAAACACUAGAGAAGAUACAAGUGGAGAGAAAUGAAUUGGAGAUGGUUCUCACUGUAAGUCAGGAAAAGAAUGAAGAAUUUAAAAUUCAGCUGAAGGAGGCUGAACUAAAGUUGGAAGAACUGCAACAUGAGUUAUCAGUGGCAAAUGAAUCAAAACAGCAAAUUGAAUCUCAACUAGUUAGCGUGGAAGUAGAGGCUCGGACCAUGGCUUCAAAGGUUAACUCAUUAGAAGCAGUGGCUCAAAAGGAGAGGAUUCUGUCAGCAGAAAUUGCAGUCAAGUGUCGGGCAAUGGAAGCAGAGCUAUCUGAAAAGAAUAAGGAAGUUGAACUCCAGAAAUCUGCAAGCUCAAAUAGCGAAAUGAAGAUAAAGCAGGAGGACCUUGUUGUAGCUGCUGGAAAACUUGCUGAAUGCCAGAAAACAAUAGCAUCUCUAGGGAAACAACUGAAAUCGCUAGCAACCCUAGAGGACUUCUUAAUUGACACUGCAAGCCUACCAGAGUUCAGUGCAGAAGGAUUACUGAUGCCUAGAGCUAGUGGAGAGCCUUGGAAGUUACAUUCUAGUGACACACUCUCACCUAAAAGGGAUUCUAGCUCUUCAAGAAUAGCCAGUGAGAAUUCUGAUCCUUCAGUAAAUACAAAUGAGGGGCCCUCACCCCCAUCUUCAUCAUUUUCAACUUCAUCAGCCACAUCAAGUCACAGCAGUUUUGAGAAGAACCGAAAUGGUUUCGCAAAAUUUUUCUCUAGAAGCAAGAAUGGAAUUCAACUAGAAAUUUAGCAAGGAUCAGGCCAGGAAAGAAGAAAAAGAAACUAUAUAUUGAUGAUUUCUUGAUUGUAAAAAGGGAGAAUUUAUUGGAUGUUGAUUAAAUGCUAUUUAAUCAUCAGUACUUAUGUUAGUUGAUUCAUUAUACAUGAAUCAUGUUUAGGAAUACUACAUUCAAUUCAAGCAAAUUUCAAAUACUUCGAUUGAAUAGUUUGUAGUCACAUGCUACAUUGAAAAGCUUCUGUUUGUGUUCGAGAUUAGCUAAUUUGAGUUCCUUUCUGGCA